CGGUACAUAGGAAACUUCGGAAAUGAUCGUCGUUGGGUUCGAGAGCAGCGCGAACAAAUUGGGCGUGGGAGUGAUCCGCGAUCAGGAAGUGCUGUCGAACGUGCGGCGUACUUAUGUGACCCCACCGGGAGAAGGUUUCUUGCCUCGGGAAACGGCACAGCAUCACAGGAAGCAUGUGCUGGAUGUUCUGCAAGAAGCCUUGGACGAUGCGAAGGUUACCUUGUUGGAUGUGGACGUAAUCUGCUACACGAAGGGACCGGGAAUGGGAGCACCGCUCACGGUUGCAGCUUUAGUGGCCAGGACUGUCGCCCAGUUGUAUGAUAAGCCGAUAGUUGCGGUCAAUCAUUGCAUCGGUCAUAUUGAGAUGGGACGUUUGAUCACUGGCAGCGAUAAUCCUACCGUUCUCUAUGUGUCCGGUGGGAACACUCAAAUCAUCGCGUACUCCAGACAAAAGUAUCGCAUUUUCGGUGAAACUAUUGACAUAGCGGUAGGCAAUUGCCUGGACAGGUUUGCGAGACUGCUUAAGCUCUCGAACGAUCCCAGUCCUGGAUACAACAUAGAACAAUUGGCUAAGAAGGGUGAGAAACUGGCACCACUGCCUUAUGUGGUGAAAGGAAUGGAUGUGUCAUUCUCCGGCAUCUUAAGUCACAUAGAGGAACAUCUUUCUGAUUGGUUGGAUGCAAAAGCAUUUACUCCUGAAGACUUGUGUUUUUCACUGCAGGAGACAGUGUUUGCCAUGCUCAUUGAAAUCACAGAGCGCGCGAUGGCACACGUGAGAUCGAACGAAGUGCUGAUCGUGGGCGGCGUGGGUUGCAAUGAGAGACUGCAGGAAAUGAUGGGUGUUAUGUGCAAAGAAAGGAACGCGACUCUUUACGCGACGGACGAGCGUUUUUGCAUAGACAAUGGCGUUAUGAUCGCGGUCGCCGGCUUACUCCAGUAUAAACACGGGGGUGGUACGUCAUGGGAUGAAACCACCUGCGUUCAGAGGUACCGAACGGACGACGUGCAUGUUUCUUGGAGAGAAUAAAGAAAUAUUUUUAAGUAA